AUGGAGAAAAAGAUAGUGCGCAAAGGGCCGCUGCCUGGAGGUCGCCAGGGCGCGUCUGGAGCUGGCGCUGGACGCGACAGCAUACGGGCCGCCAGCCGAGCGCGGGGUGUUGCAAGACCACCUAGCAGCCCCCCGCAUCCAUCAUCCCCACCAGAAGGCUUGGUGUCGGCUGGGUCUUCUCGGACUCAGCAAGCGGCACCCGCCGCUGGUGGAGCACGUCGCAUGCGUUGGUCUAAAUCAAUGAAUGAAAACGCACUGCGGGCGUAUUUUAGGGCAAAAGGGGAAGAAACUGGAUGUUUGGCGUAUCGGGCUCGGAUGCAUCGCUUUUUUGCAGAGCUGGAGCCAUCUCUAUCCGUCACUGAGCAAAACCUGGCAGACCGAGUUAGGUACAUCCUGCGCUCCAACAUAUUUGGUGACGCCGAACUCGAGCGACUACGACGUGAGGCUAUUCCUUCAUCGAAUGGAAAUGCUACGGCUGGGAAUGCGGCGCCACUAGAUGCGCAACAAACUGCAUAUGUGGAUGCUGCCGUCAACAUUCCAUUUGUGGCUAAUUCAGACGAUGAUGGAAUAGUCUCCCACGAACUAGAGAAAAUGAGGAGCAUAUUGGAAGAGUCGAUGCUGGAAACGCGCAGCAUGCCUCUCGAAAAUCGACCGCGACUUCCCCGCAUACCCCUUAGCAAGCGAAAUCGAGCUGUCGUGCGGGCUCUUAACCCAAUGCUGGUGACCUAUUUGGAAGCCAGCCGGGACCUUUGCGAGACGGAUUCAAUUCUUUUUGGCGCCGCACUGGCAGUAUGCCGUAUUAUUGGCGCCAAACUUCCCGUGGCUGGACGUGCUACUCAAAAAAGUAGCGCCAUCCCAGCCUGGAGAAAAAGAAUUGAGGACCGUAUCGCAAAGGCAAGGGCCCUUAUCGGCAGACUGACAAGCUUCAGGUCGGGUAAUAAUAGACCGAGGAUUAUGCGCACCGUUAGGAUGGCGUUUGCUGGGACAAAUAUCAAUUUGUUCCAGCCGGAUAUCACGCAAAAACUAACGGAGCGCAUAGAUGACCUGAAGCAAAAAAUCGCUGCUUGGGGGAAGCGGAUUCGACGAUUUAGCGAGAGGUCAAGGCGGUUCAACCAGAAUCGUCUCUUCCAGAGUGAUCAGAAGAGGCUCUAUAAAACAUUGGAGCGACCAGAGGUAUGUGGAGCGGGCCCAGGACCGGAUCAGGCUGACACUGUCGCAUUUUGGCGUGGCCUGUGGUCAGAGCCCGUAAACCACAGCGAGGGCCCUUGGAUGGAAGUUGUGGCGAGCCAGAGUGCAAGUGUUACGCCUAUGGACCCCGUCACCAUAACGCCUGAAGACGUGGCUGAGGCGGUCCGUAGGGCCCCGAACUGGAAAAGUCCGGGGCUCGACGGGCUGCAUCAUUACUGGCUGAAGGGAGAAUUCACUCUGAAGGAGAGCUUCUGGUUCGCCCUGACUUCGUUCACUCCGCAAGGCGGAGGGGAGGCACCCAAGGCUCUGUCGGGUAGGACGCUGGUGGCCGCCUACUGGCUGUUUGUGGUGCUCAUGCUAGCCACCUUCACAGCCAACCUGGCCGCGUUCCUCACAGUAGAACGGAUGCAGACCCCAGUCUCAUCCCUGGAGCAGUUGGCGCGCCAGUCCCGCAUCAACUACACCGUGGUGGAAGGCUCCACCACUCACCAGUACUUCAUCAAUAUGAAAUUCGCUGAGGAUACCCUCUACAGGGUUUGGAAAGAAAUUACCCUGAACGCGACCUCGGAUCAGGCGCAGUAUAGGGUAUGGGACUACCCAAUUCGGGAGCAAUACGGUCACAUACUACUUGCCAUUAAUGCAUCCGGGCCGGUACCAGAUGCGAAGACCGGUUUCCAGGAAGUCAAUGAUCAUACCGAUGCUGACUUUGCUUUUAUUCACGACUCCGCUGAGAUCAGAUACGAGGUGACGCGGAAUUGCAACCUGACAGAGGUCGGUGACGUAUUCGCGGAGCAACCUUAUGCCAUCGCCGUUCAGCAGGGCUCACGGCUACAGGAGGACCUUUCCAGGGCAUUGCUGGAGUUGCAGAAGGAACGUUUCCUAGAGCAGCUGGUUGCGAAAUACUGGAAUGAGACUGCCCGACAAGCGUGCCCUGAUGCAGACGAGUCUGAAGGCAUCACACUAGAAAGUUUGGGUGGAGUCUUUAUCGCUACUCUAUUCGGUCUCGGUUUAGCGAUGGUCACGUUGGCGUGGGAAGUAUUUUACUAUAAGCGCAAAGAAAAAAAUAAAAUAAGGGCCAUGGACGCGACCAUAGAGAAAACCGAUCCGUUCGCGCCAAAAAUCCGAAAGAAAAUGAAAGACGGUGUUGCCAGAUUGCGGAAACGGGAUAAAGGAAGCAUCGGGAGAAAUAUUACUAUUGGUGACAAAUUCAAGCCUGUAGCGGAAAGAGACGUUGACAGAACUUUGUACGAGCUGCUUGGGCGAUCCAAUGUGCGCGUGUGGGUUCAUGCGGGCUUAACAAAAGACUCCGCUAAAGCCUUGAAGUCAAUGAGGCCAGAACCCGGUUUCUACGUGAUUAUUGGCGAAGGUAGAUUCGUCAGAGAUGCAUACAAACGCGCGGUCAAGGAGAAGCUGGUUCGACGCGACUACCGCUGGAAUCUGGUGCUGACUGAUUACACGGCGUCCAGCUUUGAUCUGUCGCAGCUGUUGUUUUCAACUGUCAUCCUCCAUGUCGACCAAGUUGAGUGUUGCAAGUUGCAGGGCUUGGAGGAGAGCUGUAACUGUCCUUUGGAGAUCGAGGCCAUGGAAUUUGAUUAUGAAAUCGUUUCUCCCAAAUCUGGUGGCUUUGGGCAGAAGCUGGCAAAUGGAUCUUGGAACGGACUCGUGGGAGACUUGAUGAGAGGGGAGACCGAUAUAGCUGUCGCCGCUCUCACUAUGACAGCUGAAAGGGAAGAAGUGAUAGACUUUGUUGCACCCUACUUCGAACAGACUGGCAUUUUAAUAGUGAUACGGAAGCCCAUCCGCAAGACCUCCCUGUUCAAGUUCAUGACCGUGCUCCGCACUGAGGUGUGGCUGAGUAUAGUCGCUGCUUUGGUACUGACCGGGGUCAUGAUAUGGCUGCUGGAGAAAUAUUCACCGUAUUCCGCUCGGAACAACCCGGAUGCUUAUCCUUACCCAUGCAGAGAAUUCACUCUGAAGGAGAGCUUCUGGUUCGCCCUGACUUCGUUCACUCCGCAAGGCGGAGGGGAGGCACCCAAGGCUCUGUCGGGUAGGACGCUGGUGGCCGCCUACUGGCUGUUUGUGGUGCUCAUGCUAGCCACCUUCACAGCCAACCUGGCCGCGUUCCUCACAGUAGAACGGAUGCAGACCCCAGUCUCAUCCCUGGAGCAGUUGGCGCGCCAGUCCCGCAUCAACUACACCGUGAUGGAAGGCUCCACCACUCACCAGUACUUCAUCAAUAUGAAAUUCGCUGAGGAUACCCUCUACAGGGUUUGGAAAGAAAUUACCCUGAACGCGACCUCGGAUCAGGCGCAGUAUAGGGUAUGGGACUACCCAAUUCGGGAGCAAUACGGUCACAUACUACUUGCCAUUAAUGCAUCCGGGCCGGUACCAGAUGCAAAGACCGGUUUCCAGGAAGUCAAUGAUCAUACCGAUGCUGACUUUGCUUUUAUACACGACUCCGCUGAGAUCAGAUACGAGGUGACGCGGAAUUGCAACCUGACAGAGGUCGGUGACGUAUUCGCGGAGCAACCUUAUGCCAUCGCCGUUCAGCAGGGCUCACGGCUACAGGAGGACCUUUCCAGGGCAUUGCUGGAGUUGCAGAAGGAACGUUUCCUAGAGCAUCUGGUUGCGAAAUACUGGAAUGAGACUGCCCGACAAGCGUGCCCUGAUGCAGACGAGUCUGAAGGCAUCACACUAGAAAGUUUGGGUGGAGUCUUUAUCGCUACUCUAUUCGGUCUCGGAUUAGCGAUGGUCACGUUGGCGUGGGAAGUAUUUUACUAUAAGCGCAAAGAAAAAAAUAAAAUAAGGGCCAUGGACGCGACCAUAGAGAAAACCGAUCCGUUCGCGCCAAAAAUCCGAAAGACAAUGAAAGACGGUGUUGCCAGAUUGCGGAAGCGGGAUAAAGGAAGCAUCGGGAGAAAUAUUACUAUUGGUGACAAAUUCAAGCCUGUAGCGGAAAGAGACGUUGACAGAACUUUGUACGAGCUGCUUGGGCGAUCCAAUGUGCGCGUGUGGGUUCAUGCGGGCUUAACAAAAGACUCCGCUAAAGCCUUGAAGUCAAUGAGGCCAGAACCCGGUUUCUACGUGAUUAUUGGCGAAGGUAGAUUCGUCAGAGAUGCAUACAAACGCGCGGUCAAGGAGAAGCUGGUUCGACGCGACUACCGCUGGAAUCUGGUGCUGACUGAUUACACGGCGUCCAGCUUUGAUCUGUCGCAGCUGGUGUUUUCAACUGUCAUCCUCCAUGUCGACCAAGUUGAGUGUUGCAAGUUGCAGGGCUUGGAGGAGAGCUGUAACUGUCCUUUGGAGAUCGAGAGGAAGCAAUUCAUUUUGAACGCCCUUCUUCAGGUCGUAGCGAAUGCUUUUACCAAGCUUACAGAUGUAACCUUUGCUUCCGUACGUUGUGGUGACCGCGUAGUAAACUCAGAGGAGUUUGGAGACAGAUUCCGUGACCAGAUUGGGGUAGAAUCCUCCAGUUAUGAUACUCUUUUGUUUUGGGAUGCUGAAAGGUCUAGCCUCUUUCUACGUUCCCGGUUCAUUCUCUCUAUUUACAAGCCUGAUGCUGGUCUAGAGACUGUAGGGAAUUGGUCUGCUGACGAGGAGUACAAGCUACUUCCAGGAGUUGUACUGGAGCCGUUGCGAAUGUUUUAUAGGAUUGGGACCGCACCUGCUAUACCCUGGACUAUGCAGAAACAUGACCCAGUAACCGGUGAAAAUAUGGUCAAUGAGGAUAGUGAGCCAAUAUACCAUGGGUAUUGUGUCGACCUCAUCGACAAACUGUCUGAAGCCAUGGAAUUUGAUUAUGAAAUCGUUUCUCCCAAAUCUGGUGGCUUUGGGCAGAAGCUGGCAAAUGGAUCUUGGAACGGACUCGUGGGAGACUUGAUGAGAGGGGAGACCGAUAUAGCUGUCGCCGCUCUCACUAUGACAGCUGAAAGGGAAGAAGUGAUAGACUUUGUUGCACCCUACUUCGAACAGACUGGCAUUUUAAUAGUGAUACGGAAGCCCAUCCGCAAGACCUCCCUGUUCAAGUUCGUGACCGUGCUCCGCACUGAGGUGUGGCUGAGUAUAGUCGCUGCUCUGGUACUGACCGGGGUCAUGAUAUGGCUGCUGGAGAAAUAUUCACCGUAUUCCGCUCGGAACAACCCGGAUGCUUAUCCUUACCCAUGCAGAGAAUUCACUCUGAAGGAGAGCUUCUGGUUCGCCCUGACUUCGUUCACUCCGCAAGGCGGAGGGGAGGCACCCAAGGCUCUGUCGGGUAGGACGCUGGUGGCCGCCUACUGGCUGUUUGUGGUGCUCAUGCUGGCCACCUUCACAGCCAACCUGGCCGCGUUCCUCACAGUAGAACGGAUGCAGACCCCAGUCUCAUCCCUGGAGCAGUUGGCGCGCCAGUCCCGCAUCAACUACACCGUGGUGGAAGGCUCCACCACUCACCAGUACUUCAUCAAUAUGAAAUUCGCUGAGGAUACCCUCUACAGGGUUUGGAAAGAAAUUACCCUGAACGCGACCUCGGAUCAGGCGCAGUAUAGGGUAUGGGACUACCCAAUUCGGGAGCAAUACGGUCACAUACUACUUGCCAUUAAUGCAUCCGGGCCGGUACCAGAUGCGAAGACCGGUUUCCAGGAAGUCAAUGAUCAUACCGAUGCUGACUUUGCUUUUAUACACGACUCCGCUGAGAUCAGAUACGAGGUGACGCGGAAUUGCAACCUGACAGAGGUCGGUGACGUAUUCGCGGAGCAACCUUAUGCCAUUGCCGUUCAGCAGGGCUCACGGCUACAGGAGGACCUUUCCAGGGCAUUGCUGGAGUUGCAGAAGGAACGUUUCCUAGAGCAGCUGGUUGCGAAAUACUGGAAUGAGACUGCCCGACAAGCGUGCCCUGAUGCAGAUGAGUCUGAAGGCAUCACACUAGAAAGUUUGGGUGGAGUCUUUAUCGCUACUCUAUUCGGUCUCGGUUUAGCGAUGGUCACGUUGGCGUGGGAAGUAUUUUACUAUAAGCGCAAAGAAAAAAAUAAAAUAAGGGCCAUAGACGCGACCAUAGAGAAAACCGAUCCGUUCGCGCCAAAAAUCCGAAAGAAAAUGAAAGACGGUGUUGCCAGAUUGCGGAAGCGGGAUAAAGGAAGCAUCGGGAGAAAUAUUACUAUUGGUGACAAAUUCAAGCCUGUAGCGGAAAGAGGUGGCGUUUCGUAUAUCAGUGUUUAUCCUAAGGGAGAAUACAGACCUUAA